CUGGUAUCUCGAGCUGGACAUCCUCCAGAGUGCCUGUCUUCUUCCUUCUAAGCCUAAUGAAACCCAUCUGCACCAACAGCUCGGCCACGGGCCUGGUCCUUACAGGUGGAAGGUGUGCUCUGUCACGCAGCGAGUGUCUUUCUGCUUGACUCCGCUGAUUCAAUCUGCAAGCUUCUCCUGUCCUGGACAGAACCCAGGAAAUCCAAGCUAAGGCAGCCUGGCAAGCUAACCUUCAUAUCGGAGCUCCCCUCCUGAAGCUGUUCCCUUCUCUUCCUUGCUCCUUGUCUGGACCCCUUCUAGCGUGUCGAGCUUUUAGGAAGCCCUAAACUUCUGGUGAAAGCUCCUGGGUGGGACUCUGGGGUAGUGACACGGCUCCAGGCCAAGCCACACAUUUUUGCUGUGACCUUGUGAACAUCGCUUACAUUCUUAAUGCACAAGCAAGAGCUCAUUCUGCUGGAGUUGUGCAAGGGGAAGGAGGCGUGCAGUUCGGAGGAGGAGAGAAGGACCCCCUGACCCUGUUCUCGCUAUCAGAAACGCUGUUGGAGACACUUAGUAAAGAUGUCUCACGAUUGCCACAUGAACAGCUCCAUGUCGCCAACCAUGCAUCCUGAUCAUCACCACACUACAGCAGCCUCGGGACAUGAUCAUGGAUCUGGGAUGAUGAUGAUGGCAAUGACUUUCCACUUCAGCUAUGAGAAUGUGCCAUUGCUGUUUUCUGGACUUACAAUCAAUACUGCUGGAGAAAUGGCUGGUGCUUUUGUGGCCGUCUUCUUCCUAGCCAUGUUUUAUGAAGGCCUUAAGAUUGCCCGAGAAUGUCUGCUUCGUAAAUCCCAAGUCAGCAUUCGCUACAACUCCAUGCCAGUGCCAGGUCCCAAUGGCACUAUCUUGAUGGAGACACACAAAACUGUUGGGCAGCAGAUGCUGAGCUUCCCUCACCUCCUGCAGACAGUACUGCACAUCAUUCAAGUCGUGGUCAGUUACUUCCUUAUGCUGAUCUUCAUGACGUACAACGGAUACCUCUGCAUAGCUGUGGCAGCAGGGGCAGGGAUGGGCUAUUUCUUCUUCAGCUGGAAAAAGGCAGUUGUUGUGGAUAUCACUGAGCACUGCCAUUAACACUGGACGCUGCCCAGAUGCCCCUCCAUCCCACUGCUCUCUUGAAAUGCAGCCAUCAUGAAGACUGGAUCAUUCCUAAGCUGAAAGAAAAGAUACAAAGAAAAUCAACUGGAGUUCACCACAAGUUCGUAGCUGGGGUGCAGGGAUGUGAGGAGCUGGAAUAUGCUGCUCCCCCAUGCUGCAGACUGGCAGCUGGGUUGACUCUUGAGGGUCCCGUGGUAGCCGUUGGCUAGGAUUUGCUUUAGUCUUAGGUUAUGCCAUGAUUGAAAUUAGUUGGCUGACAGAAAUGUAGAGUUUCUUCCUUUUUUUUAAACGUUUUGUUUUUAAAUUGUAAAUGCACAUCUGUGAAGGUUUUAUGAACAGUAGGUAAAGAUCAGAGUUUCCAAUGGAGCCUACAUGUGUGAAUGGCUAUUUUAAUUUUUUUUUUUUUAAUAUGUACAUAAUGCCAGGGGAGGAGAUCUUCCUGGCAUUGUGGCUUUUGGGGCCAAUGGCACCUUCUAAUGCAGAGUUCCAUAGGACUCAGCCUCUGAGGAAGACUUGGUGCUGCACAUCAGACACACUCAGGUCUGUCCUGGCAAGAGAGUACCUUGACCCCAGUGCUUCAGGGGGUCUAGGUGAGUCUGUCCUCCAAGCCCAUCAGAGUAAGACGAGUGUUGCUAGUCUUCUGAUACAUCCAGUGGUUUUACUCAGCUUCAAGUGAUAACAUUUCAGUUUGGCUGCUUUCACUUCCCAAUCAUGGAAAUAUAUGGAGUAGAUGCAGAACAAGAAUUGUGUAUUCACGGGGCAAAAAGAUUUUAAAUAUACCAAUGAACCCAUAUUGAUUUCAUGUUGGAUGGAUCUAGAGCUAGACUUCUGGCUUACUAAAACUAAUUCUGUAAAUGAAGCAAGAGCUAAAUGAUUUCUUGACACUAAAGGCUAACAUGUCUGAAAGGUUGUUCCUUGAGUGAAAUGAAAAAAGAAAACAACCUUGUUUCUGUAAAAGAGAGAUUUAGGAAAGUGAAGAAAGAAAAGAUAGGAUUACAGCAGCCUUCAGUUAAUUCUCAGGUGAAAUUUGGAGCAGCUUGGGCUGAUAUAAAAAAUAUUCCUAAUGCAAAUGACUCCUUUUUGUCUUAAUAAUCAUGCUGUGACUUUGUUAACUUGGAAGUGCAGGAGUUGAGAGUGCUAGCGGUGGAUACAUGUAGCGCAGUAAAGAACUUCCCAUUUGGUGCUAUGAGCUUUACACAUUUCAUGGGCAAAACAGGAUAGCUUCCUGGAUGGGUGAUGUGCAGAAAACACUUUGGGUUUUCCAAGGAGCAGUUUUGGUUUAGCACUUUUAUUACGCUGCUCCUUGUUGUAGGGAACGUUGUGCAGUUAGAAUAUGGCGCAGAGCUGGAGCCAGUUCUGCCCAGGAUGCUCUCUUCACGCCUGUAACUGGCUGAAGGGAAGGUGGUGAGAUUUCCAGAAGGCCACUGAAAAACAGACACCAUUUUCAGGCUGAUGACUAGGAUGUGCCACAUGAACAGGGAAUGCUUUUGAGAUGAAAGUGUCUGGGCACACUCAGUAGCAGUUUGUUGUUUUUUUUCCCCUCCAAAGACGCUACUAGUCGCGCUGUUAAGAGUAGCUACGUAAGGAAAGCUGAUCUUUGUGAAGAGGUUUCUCUGGCCUUUAUGCCUUACGGAGCACAGCCCAUUCCUGUAUGUGUGGAUUCUUCGCUGUGCUGAUGCUACCACCAGCAGAGCUCACCCUCUGAAUGGCAGCAGGAAGCCUGUUACUGCCGCUGCCUGGCGUCCUGCCGGGUCUUGAAUUACACCACCUGAAGUCAACCUUCCUGUGGAUGACGCCAGGUAUUUGUUUGGUCAUCUUGUUUUCUUUGGGCAGUGCAAAUAUAGAGCAGAAGGAGAUGAAUUAAAAGCAAGCUCAGGCUUCUAAAUAGCUUCUUUCAGUAACAAAUUUGCUUCUGGGUGAAAGAAGUAAAGCUAUUUCCAUGGAAAAAUUGUGGCAAUCUCCUGAUGAGAGACAGGCUAAGCUCUUCCCCAGUCAGGUCUUUGGAGGGAGUUGUGUCUGUAGCAGGCUGCAGAAGUCACAGGUAGACUGAUGCCCUCUCUCUGCAUCAGUCACGAAGUGAAGAUCUUCUGUGCCCUUGGGGAGUCAUGUUUCUCUGUGAGAGGGGAAGACAGACCCUUCCAGUCCCUAUGGGAAAGCUGCGAGGACAUCUUAGUGCUUGUCAGAGAAACGUGAAGCAGUUACGUGCUGGAGUUGGCUGUGUGUAUUUUGAAAGCUUUACGCUGCAGAGACCUCAUCCCUGAAGGGUUUCAGAGCCGAUGUUCCCAACACCUCUACUUUUGGCCUCUGGAACAAGCUGGAGCUGUUGCUGUUAUAGGGAUGCGUGAUUAUAGGGUACAGUGGCUUUGUGUGUUGACACUAGGUAAUUCAUAUACCUCUUGCUAUGUCUUUCUCUAAAAUAAAGCCUGUGCUUGGCCUGAUCUUGCUGUCACUGAAGCUUUUUAGCCACCUUUCGCAUUCAAGUGACCAGAUGUGAAUUCUCUGAUUGGAACGAUCAGAUAGGUGACGUUAGGAUCAUGCAAUUGCUGUGGCUUUUACGAUACAAAUUCAGUUCUGCAUCACUGUACAUGUAACCUCCCUUGAAUUGUUUCUCCCUUGUGGGUGAACACCUCUGUUUUCGAAGAGUCAUCCCUGCCCACCCUGUACAGGAGGGUGCGCACGGCUUUCUCCAGCGCGCAGAGGGAAGUGACGCUGACUUAGCAGGAAACUGGGCUGAAGUCCCCGAAGCCUAGCAGGUGCCCCAGCUGCCUUCCAGCAGCUCGUGAGCAUCACAGCGUGAACAUCAGGGGCUUGGGGGAGAGGUGCACAAGGGAAGGCCCGAAGAGGAGGGGGUUCAGGAGAGAAGAUGGCACUCUUACAGAAUGUGCUGUCUGCAGCGGGGACUCUUGCCUGUAGCUCUGCCCCCUUGGCACCCAGUGGAGAGCUGUGCCCUCUGUGCUGCUGAGCUUGCUGAUGCAGGGAGGCACAGCUGGGAGAGGGACAUCUGUAAUCCCAGCUCUGGCCAUGCUUUCUUUGGUUAAAUGUUGACAAUCCAGACAAGCCACCUACCUCCCCGUGUCCCUGCCUCCCUCUGGUCCUCCAGCUGCCACCAGCUGCCGUGCUCUUGGCCCAGGCUGGUGAUUGCCUUCCCAGACUGAGCAAAACCCAGCCUCCCGGCGAUGCCUUGCGCUGACUGCUUUUGCUGCAGUCCCAGCCUUUAUGCUGGCUGUAUUUAAAUUGUCCUGAUGUUAACACUAAACUCGCAUCGAGCAGUGCUUGGAGGGAGGUGAGGACUCUAAUGAUUAUUAGACUUGAGUAAAUUAAAUUCGUAUGUCAACACAUGUAGCAUGCUUAGAAUGUGAUGUCCUGUGUCUGUCUUUGAUCACACCCUGAUAUUCAGUCUCCACACGCUGUGCCUCUGGAUUAUCAUCCUGGAAGAAGUGCACAAAGUAUCCAGGCUGCGUUCAUCAGCUGGCUUCUGUUGUUUUUCUUGGAGUGCCUUUUCAGUUGGUCUGGAGCCAGUCCCGACAGAUCCAACAGGAUGUAUAGUUUUGUUUACAGUGGACUGUCACUUUUGAUUUUACUCUUGCUUUUUGUGGAGGUAACUUGUCUAAUGUUACUGUGCAUAUCAAGUCUCCUGUAUAUAAUUAACCAAUAAAAUAGAUUGCAUUUUA